UUAAGUUAAAAACAACGAAUAGUGCUUUAUACAUUUGAGUGAAUAUAAAAAUUAUUUCCAAAUCUCAUUUAAUAUAUUAUUUACAUCACAUUAAUUGAAAAAUUAUAAUAUUUCAAAUUCAAAAUUUAAUCUACAGAAUUCUAUUUGUUCCAUAAAGAAAAUUUCAUUUCCGGACGAAAAUUAUUUAAAAUUAUUAAAAUUACUAUUUAUAUGAAAUAAUUUCGGCAUCUAUAUAGAAAUAAUCAUUUAGUAUUAAAAAAUGAUUUAUAUCUGUAUUUUACUUUGUUCAUUUAUUGCUCCAUUCUCAUACACUUUUGGUAAUGAAAUAUCAUCAAAAAUAACUGAACCACCUCCAGUAGAAGUAUCUAUUGAAGAUUCCAUUCGUAAAAAAGGAUCUAAUGAAAUAUCAAUUCAUGUUACUCUUAAUAACACUGAAAGAGAAUUCAUUUUACAAACUGUCGAUAAUUUUGCUGGUAAAAAUACAAAAGUUUGGAUAGCUAAAAAAGUGAACGAUAAAUUUGUAUACACUCUACAAGAAGAUUUUAUGAGAAAAUCAAAUAAUAUUUCCUUCUUUUACAAUAAUCAAACCGAAUCUGAAGUAUUUCAGACAGUAAGUGAAAAUGGAGAAUCACAAUUUAAUAGCGUUAUUAAUUAUGAUCAAGUUGAUAAUGAACCAAUCGAUGUAUCAAAUUUAACAACGGUGUAUCCAGAAAUUUUAGUCUAUGUUGAUAAAACACUUUUUCGACACUUUGAUUAUGAUAUUGAAAAAACUGUAAUUUAUACACUAACUCUUUGGAAUGGAGUGGAUCUCAAUUAUAGAGAAUUACAAAAUCCGUCAGUUCGUCUUAACAUUGCAGGAAUUGUAUUGUGUCAGGAUCAACAUUCAGAAAAUGAUCCAUUUAAAGUAGAUUCAGAAAAACUGGACGAAUUUGGUAAAUUUAUGUACAAUCAAGAUCAAUUCAAAUUGGGAAAGGAUUACGAUAUUGCUGUAUUAUUAGGUGCAAAUCCAUUCUUCAUAGCGGGCCUUGCAGGUUUGGCAUCUGUGGGAACUACUUGUGUUAAUAACACUAAUGAACAAAAAAUAGAUUCUACAGCGAUAAUUUGGGAUAAUACUGGUUUUUCUGGAAUAAGCGUAGCUUCACAUGAAUUAGGUCAUUUACUCGGAGCUCCUCAUGACGGUGAGAAAAAUGAUUCAACAGCGAAGCACUGUUCUGUUUAUGAUGGCUACAUUAUGACCUAUAUGCAUAUGGACGAAAAACAAUAUUACUUUUCCACGUGUUCUAAAAAAAUUAUGUCUAACUAUCUCAGAAGUGAGGGUCCUAAAUGCAUUCGUAAUAAUCCAUUGGUUAAUGAAGCUAAUGAACAAAUGUUAAGAAUUUUGCCUGGUAAAUUUAUGACAAUAGACGAACAAUGUCGAAAAUAUGGAUUUCUCCGAGCAUAUGAUGUGAAUCCAGACUUUUGCAAUGACAUGCGAUGUAAGAGGGAAAAGACGGGUUUUAGAUAUAGUUUUAUUGCAGCACUUGAAGGAACGCCUUGUUACAUAGGAAAAUAUUGUUUGAGAGGAGAGUGUGUUGAAGUAAAUUUCAACACAACUGAAAAUAAUAAUUAUUUAAAAGAAUUAUUUCCAUCACUUUCUCAACAUCCUACAUUUAAUAAAUCUGCAACAGAGCAGUGCAUAGAAUACGGAUUAGAAAAUGUUACCGAAGCCUCUUUUGAAAACUGCAAAGUAAAUUGCCUGUAUCAGAAAAAAGGACUCCCAAACUACAAGGUUAUAGAGGCUCAUUAUGGAACUUUGUGCAGUAAUGGUGGAAUAAGAAAUAUUUUAAUUUACAAUUUAGAAAUUUUUUAUUUAAUAGAUUUCAAAGUCUCUGAUUAA